GAGAGAAGAGGGUCCAAGGGUCCAGGUGACUAGUGACACACAGGCGGCCAUGAUGGAGGUGUAUGAGUGCAUCGUGGUGGGCGCCGGCGUGCAAGGAUCCUUCACUGCUUACCAGCUGGCCAAAAGGAAGAAGAAAUGUCUUCUUCUUGAGCAGUUCACUCUACCUCACACCAGAGGAAGCUCCCACGGUCAAAGCCGCAUCAUCCGCAAGGCGUACCAGCAGGACUUUUACACUCACAUGAUGGCCGAGGGAUAUGAGAUGUGGGCCGAGCUGGAGAGGGAGGCUGGAGUCACGCUCUUCAGGCGAACAGGACUUCUGGUGAUGGGACCCGAGAAGAGUGAGAGCUACACUGGCUUUAAGGACAGCUUGGAGAAGAACAAAGUUCCUAUGGUGGUCCUGACUCCAGAGAACUUCCAGCAACACAUCCCUAAUGUCAUCCUGGCUGAGGGCGAUGGUGCCUUUGUGGACACCACAGCUGGAGUCUUGUAUGCAGACCGGGCACUCAAGGCCGUGCAGGGCCAGUUUGAGAAGUUGGGUGGUGUCCUCAAAGACCAGGAGAAGGUGACAGACAUCAAGCCCGGCCCCAUGGUGACUGUGACCACGUCUGCUGGUGUUUAUCAAGCCAAGAGUGUGGUCAUUACUGCUGGACCUUGGGUUAACAGAGUGCUGCUCCACACUGGCAUACAGCUUCCACUUCAGGUUAUUAAAAUUAAUGUUUGCUAUUGGCAAGAAAAGAUACAGGACACAUACCAUGUGAAGAAACGCUUCCCGUGCUUCUUGCUGUCCGAGGGAGAGGAGAACAAAGACCACAUCUACGGACUGCCUUCCAAUGAAUACCCCGGUCUGAUGAAGAUUUGCUACCAUAGCGGCAGUCAGACAGACCCUGACCAGAGAGACAAGCCCACAGACAAGUCUGACAUUGACCUUCUUCGCCGCUACAUCACCAAACAUUUCCCAGGCCUCAUCCCUGAGCCGGCCCUGGUGGAGAGCUGCAUGUACACGGUAACACCUGAUCAUCAUUUUGUGCUGGACUGCCACCCUGCUUACGACAAUAUUGUAAUUGGUGCAGGAUUCUCAGGUCACGGCUUCAAGUUUGGACCCGUCGUCGGCAAGCUGCUCUGUGAACUCAGCCUGGGAGAGGUGCCCUCCUAUGACCUUUCACCUUUCAGAAUAGCACGCUUCCAGACAAUCAUCAAGUCACCCUUGUAGAAAGGACUGUCCUCCAUAUUUCAUGUGAUCAUCCAUCUCAUCUGAGAGAAAUCAACUUGCCUUAUGUCCAUCAACCGUGCAAGACUUCUUGGGGAAGGCCGAUCUUUCCAAAGAUUGAACUAUUAGUGAAAUGAAUGAAUGAAUGACUAUGAUUUAGGAUGUGAAUAGCUGAAGGAAGAAAAGUUUCAUUCAGAUCCACUUGUUAAAUGAAGAGGUUCAGCAUUAAGGUAGCAAAGUGUUAUGAUUGACUUCUUUUUUUUUUACAUGAAAUUGACUUUUUGCCUGACUCUGAUUCAGUGCACUCAACUUUUUUGAAGUUGUCUCAUUUUUGUAAACCACAAUCAACUCCAUGCUUGAUUAGAGAUGGGAAUUAAUACGAGCUUUCCGGUUGGGAUUCCACUUUCAA